AUGAGAACAAGGAGUGUUGGUGGGGAUAGAAACCACACCUUUGUGACCUUCUUUAUUUUUAUGGGACUCGUAGAAGACAAAAAACUGCAACUCAUACUUUUCCCUAUCUUCUUAAUGACCUAUGUGGUGACCCUUAUCUGGAACCUGGGUCUUAUCAUUUUAAUCAGACUGGACACCCAACUGCAAACUCCAAUGUACUUCUUUGUCAGUUCCUUGUCUUUUAUGGACAUCUGUUAUUCUACAUCUGUUAGCCCAAAAAUGCUUUCCGACAUUUUCAAAGAUGAGAAAAGAAUUUCUUUCAUUGCUUGUGCCGCCCAGUAUUUUUUUGCUUCUUCAAUGGCUCAGGGUGAGUGUUUUGUCUUGGCUGCCAUGGCCUAUGACAGAUAUGUGGCUAUUGGGAAACCAUUGCAGUACACAACCAUCAUGUCACCUGGGCGUUGUUGGAUGCUGGUUAUUUAUGCCUAUGCCAGUGGUAUGCUUUGUAGUUUAGCUGAAUCCAUUACUACUUUUACUCUUUACUACUGUGGACCAAAUGUCAUUUCACAUUUUGUAUGUAAUAUAUCUGAGAUUGUUGCCCUGGCUUGCUCUGAUCCUUUUUACAGUGAUAUGACUAUGUUUGUUAUAGCUAUUAUAGUUGGCUUUGGUUCUUUGCUUUUUAUUAUUUUAUCCUAUAUCUUUAUUGCAGUUUCCAUUCUGAAACUAUCUUCUGGUAAAGGUAGUUCCAAAGCCUUUAAUACCUGUGUUUCCCAUAUUACAGUUGUGACACUUUACUAUGGAUCAAGCCUUGCAGUGUAUUUGCACCCUACUUCCAGUCACUCUAGAAUAAAGGACAAGGUCAUGUCAUUAUUUUAUGCUCUUCUCAUCCCCAUGAUAAAUCCUCUUAUCUAUAGUCUGAGGAACAAAGAGAUCAAAGAUUCCCUAAAGAGGGUGAUGAAGAGGGCUGCACAUAAACUUCACUGA